CGUUUCGAAACAGAUAUAUUUUUCUUCUUAAACGCUCGUUUAACAAAAACACCUUAAAGUCAGUCUGUAGAAAAAGUGGGUUGAAGUUUACUCUUCAUCUUCAAUUGAUAGGUCCGUUACGUUACGGCACGGGGGGCAUCGUCGCGACUCCCACCGCUGAACUCCUUUCAGUCUGGAAACCCGAUAGGAGGGAGGGAGCGAGGGGCGCAGCUGAUCAGCGCUGGCGGGGCUAAAAAUAAAAAGUAUCUUUCACGUUUCUGCUUAUACUUUCUCCUUCACUGUCUCAUCUAUCGUGUAUCCUUACAUUAUAGGUGGCCAAAUCGGAAUGAGACUUUGAGUGUGAAUAAAGAGCCGAGAGUUUGAACCUUGAAGCGAGGCUUGUGUGGCCCAAUCAGGCAGGUGGCAUGGCCUUGUCAUUCUGUGGGGUUAACAAGGUGAAUAACUCGUACAGCGUGGAUGGAGGUGUGCUCAACAAUGGCUGCUUCGUCGACGCCCUGAACCUUGUGCCCCAUGUCUUCCUGCUCUUCAUCACCUUCCCCAUCCUCUUCAUCGGCUGGGGCAGCCAGAGCUCUAAGGUACAGAUCCACCACAACACAUGGCUCCACUUCCCCGGACACAACCUGCGAUGGAUCCUCACCUUCUCGCUGCUAUUUGUCCACGUGUGCGAGUUCGCAGAGGGCCUCGUCUCCAGCAAGGGAAUGGAUUCCAACUAUCUCCACCUCUUCAUGCCUGCGUUCAUAGGCUUCAUCGCAGGCACAACUUCAGUGGUCUACUACCACAACAUAGAGACCUCCAACUUCCCCAAACUGCUGCUUGUCCUGUUCAUAUACUGGGUGCUGGCCUUCAUCACCAAGUCCAUCAAGCUGUGGAAGUACACUGAGUACUAUGUGGGGCCACGUCACCUGCGGUUCUGCAUCACAGCCUUGCUGGUCAUCUUGUACGGGCUGCUGAUGGCUGUGGAGGUCAACGUCAUCCGGGUCAGGAAGUACGUGUUCUUCGCCAACCCUCAGAAGGUGAAGCCCCCCGAAGACCUGCAGGACCUGGGGGUCCGCUUCCUCCAGCCCUUUGUUAACCUGCUCUCAAAGGCCACGUACUGGUGGAUGAACCCACUGAUCAUGGGAGCCCACCGGAGGCCCAUCGAGCUGAAGAAGAUCGGCAAGCUCCCCUUCGCCAUGAGGGCCCUCACCAACUACCUACGCCUGAAGGACGCGUACGAGGGCCAACGGCGUGUUUGCGGGGAUUAUUUGGUUCCCUGCUCUGAUCAGUUAAAUUUUGAUCUUAAAUUCCGUUCUCCAUCUGCACAGGUGACCAAUGGCUUCUUCACCUGGGGAAGCAACUUGUCCACGUUGUCAGACAUCAACAUCCAAAUCCCCACAGGCCAGCUGACCAUGAUUGUAGGACAGGUGGGUUGUGGGAAGUCAUCUCUACUGCUGGCCAUGCUGGGAGAGAUGCAAAUCCUGAACGGACGAGUCAGCUGGAGCAAUAAGAACCGCUACUCAGUGGCGUACGCAGCCCAGAAGUCCUGGCUGCUCAACGCCACGGUUGAGGAGAACAUCACCUUCGGAAGCCCGUUCAGCAAACAGAGGUACAAGGCUGUGAUCGAGGCUUGUUCUCUGCAGCCAGAUAUCGACCUGCUGCCCUUCGGAGACCAGACGGAGAUCGGAGAGAGAGGGAUCAACCUGAGUGGAGGUCAGCGACAGAGGAUCUGUGUGGCUCGCGCGCUCUACCAAAACACCAACAUUGUCUUCCUGGACGACCCCUUCUCGGCGCUGGACAUACACCUCAGCGAUCACCUGCUGCAGGAGGGGAUCCUCAAGUUCCUGCAGGACGACAAACGCACGGUUGUGAUUGUAACCCACAAGCUGCAGUACCUCAUCCACGCUGACUGGAUCAUAGCGAUGAAGGAGGGCUCGGUGCUGAGGGAAGGCACUCUGAAGGACAUCCAGACCCACGACGUGGAGCUCUACGAGCACUGGAAGACCCUGAUGAACCGGCAGGACACGGAGCUGGAGAAGGACACCGAGCUGGACAGCCAGACGGCUUUGGAGAGGAAGACUCUGAGGAGGGCUUUCUACUCCCGGGAGACCAAGAACCAGAUCGACGACGAAGACGAAGAGGAAGAGGAGGAGGAGGAAGACGAUGAUAACAUGUCCACCACGACCAGCAGACGAUCCAAGAUCCCAUGGAGGAUGUGCUGGCGUUACCUCUCCUCGGGGGGGUUCUUCAUGGUCUUCCUCAUGGUGGCCUCCAAGCUCCUCAAGCACUCGGUCAUGGUGGCCAUCGACUACUGGCUGGCCCUGUGGACGUCCGCUAAGAGCGACGCCGCCAACGUAACGGCGUGGACGGGCGGGACUGUACCCAUCGGGAACACAACCGACUCUGUGCCUCUGGAUCCAAAGCAGGCCUCCUACUACCUGCCGGUGUUCACCAUCCUGUGCGGGGCGGGCAUCACUCUGUGCCUGGUGACCUCCCUCACCGUGGAGUUCCUGGGGCUGUCGGCCGCCACCAACCUCCACCACAACCUGCUCAACAAGAUCAUCCACGCUCCCAUCAGGUUCUUUGACGUCACCCCUCUGGGUCAGAUCCUCAACCGCUUCUCAGCCGACACCAACAUCAUAGACCAGCACAUCCCCCCCACCCUGGAGUCCCUGACUCGCUCCACCCUGCUGUGUCUGUCGGCCAUCGGGGUCAUCGCCUCCAUCACCCCCGCCUUCCUCCUCGCCCUGCUCCCCCUGGCCGUGGCCUUCUACUUCAUCCAGAAGUACUUCCGGGUCGCCUCCAAAGACCUGCAGGACCUGGACGAGUCCACACAGCUCCCCCUGCUCUGUCACUUCUCCGAGACCGCCGAGGGUCUCACCACCAUCAGGGCCUUCAGACACGAGGCUCGCUUCAAGCAGCGCAUGCUGGAGCUGACGGACACCAACAACACUGCCUACCUCUUCCUCUCCGCUGCCAACCGGUGGCUGAGGUCCGGACGGUACGACUACCUGGGAGCGGUAAUCGUGUUGACGGCAGCGAUCGCCUCCAUCUGGAGCUCCACCUGGAGCUCCACCUGGAGCUCCACGGACCCCAAGAACACCUACGGCUCCAACGCGGGUAUGGUGGGCCUGGGCCUCACCUACGCCCUCACGGUGACCAACUACCUGAACUGGGUGGUGAGGAACCUGGCCGACCUGGUACAAAUGGCCGCCGUGAAGAAGGUCAACAGCUUGGGCACCGAGUCCGAGAACUACGAGGGGAACCAUGGUUCAUGGGAUCCUUCACCACCUCCUCCACCACCACCACCUCCUCCACCACCCCCCCCCCCCCCCCAGCACCUGGUGUCGUCCAUCACGGCGGCGGAGCAGGUGCUGGUGUUCUCCUCUGGGAUCCUGGUGGAGUGCGACUCUGCCGCCGCCCUGCUGGCCCAGGAGGACAGCCUCUUCAGGGUGCUACACCGCGUCCACACCAUCCUGGAGGCCGACCUGGUCAUCGUGAUGAAGAGGGGGAACAUCCUGGAGUACGACAAACCCGAGACCCUGCUGUUGCAAGAGGACAGCAUGUUCGCCUCCUUCGUCCGCGCCGACAUGUAGGAACGGAAAAAUCCUCGGAACGUACCGGUCUACGGUACGAUUAACGCACAACACGGCGUCGACCGUCGACGGACGCUCGCGUCCCGUCCGGGACGGCCGCCGGCCGGUUUGGGUCGAACAGAACAGUCGAGCCGGUCGUUCCCCCCCCCCCCUUCCUCCCUCCCCGACGUCUGCGGUUCAUCGCCCCGGAGAUGGAACCCGACGUUCAGCCAUCUUGUUUAAAGGGGCGGUAACGCAUCGAAGCCCACCAGGGAAUUCGGUGCCCGGACCCUCAACUUAUUUUUUUAUUGAUGUUUUUUUUUAUUGAUUUAUUGAUGUCUUUGAUUUGAUGUGUACUUGUCAAAGAAAAAAAAAAAAAAGAUUGAUGAAUGCAGUGAUUGGUUUAUUAAUCCAUUCACUGUUAAUUGUUAGUUCAAGGAAUCGGUUGAUUUUAACGUUUUAUAUAUCGUCUUAUAAAGUAUUAACCUUUUUUUCAUGUGUCAUAUCAGAUCAUAUAGCCUCUUUUCAACACGUUUGUGUCACGCUUAAAAUCACAGUGUGUCACAGGCCACGGAGUAAACUAGUCUUCAAAGUCCUGGUUUUGGUCCAAGAUGAGAACUUCCUGCUUCAGAAAAUUCAAGUCCUACAUGCCCAACAAGCACUUUGGCAUUUUUCGAAAUUAUAAAUUAGGAAACACUAAUGAACUAACUCAAAAUAUUAGGGAUGACUUUUAUUUCCUGAAACUGGAAUGUUCCUCCUAGUUUUGGCGUGUAGGAAUUUGUCAGGGUUGUAUUGAUUAUUGACCGAUUGAAACCGCAACUUCAACCUCUCAAACCAAAAACAAAACCUCUUGAUAUGGAUUUGAAUGACGUGAAUUUAGUCCUUGGCCUGUUGUGUAUUUAAUUUUAAACAUCAUGUUUCAACACGAAUGAACAUAACUACUACAGAACUUUGUGUUGAGUCCAAUGAACUGAACAGAUGUCAAAAACAGCCUUAUUCACGGUUCACAGGGACUAACAGUAUAGCAACAUAUUAUUUCUACACCAAAAAACCUUAUUCUUUAGCUUUCCUUAAUUAAUGCACAGCUCUUCCUGCUCCAGCGGGAGUGGCGCUAGGCUAGCAUCACUGCUAGCCGUUAGCUCAGCACUUGUUUUUGUUUCUGUGGCCUGUCUAGUGCGAACACUGUAGGGUACCACGCCAGAGACUCCUGUGAGAGCCGGUGGACCCCCCCUGUCUGUCUGCCUUUGUGCGUUGCUGAAACCCAACUUCUCUGGGACCCUGGGUACUAGCUAUCCACCCCUCCCGAGAUACCAUUAUUUUAUAUACACUUGUACUUCUAUAGUCAUUAUAACCCUUUUUUUCUUUUUUUGUGUCUUCAUAUCUGUACAUAUACUUUCAGUGUUUGACGAUUGUUGAUCUGUUGGUUCAGUGGCAAGAUUUUUUUUUUGUUUUGUUUUACAUGGGGAGGGAUAAUUAGUCUUGUGUUUGAUAAAGCUCAUUUUGAGUCUCAGAUCACAUCGUUAUUAUGGUCCUUAUAGCGCAUAGAAGCUUUAAACUUUCAGUACUAUGGUCAGGGGACAAAACAAGCCAUAUCUUGACAACAACCCAGUGUGUGAGUAUGUUUCUAUAUCGGCUUUUUAUUAUGAAUUUGUACUCGCUUUUUUAUAGAGCAGUUUAUUAACUCUCAGCCCCAUGUGAUGUUGCUACAGGGACGGUCUUGAAAUGGCUUUUAAACAGCAAUUCAACAUCACACCUGGUGUACUAUAUAGGCUCUUCCAGAUACUUAAACUACAGGAAUCUCACAUUUAUACCGUAACAAUAAUAUAAUAAUCAUAAAUGGUCUAUGGGGCCUUGGAGUAAAAACGUGAAGACCUUCUUGUGGUUCAUUCUCCUGGGUUUUGGACGUCAGGUCUGAUCAUCAGAGCCGACUCUCAGUGGACGGUAUCCAGCGCAGGGACGUCUGGCAACGGAAGUAACGCUAGCCAGCGAGGGAAACCUCCGUCCCUGCCUCCUCCCGUCUGAGACACGCCCCCGGCUCAGAGGAGUGCGUAUCAAAGUGUGGGACUGGAUUUGUAUUUUUUUACCGACGACUUCUAAACUGUAUGGUUUGUUUUUAUAUUCGAAAUGGUGUCAGAUGUUUCAGCUUGAGGUAUGAUUGUGUUCUUCGAGGAAACUGCUUUUGUCCCAUGUGUUCUGCCCUGAAGUGUGUGAAAGCAGAUGUUGGGUACAAUUGAGAUAAAGCCAACAACUGCAUUACUAUGUUAUUGGUUUUAGUUGUUUUUGUGACCUUUUUAAAAUGUCCUCUGUCAUAUUUGUUUCACCUACAUUUGUGUUUGUGUGUGUGUGUGUGUGUGUGUGUGUGUGUGUGUGUGUGUGUGUGUGUUUUUUUCUGCUCCUGCGUGAUUUUGUGUGUGUCUGCACGUGUCUGUGGAUGUUUUUGUCUGUGUAUUCCUCUGUAUAAGAACACAUUUUCUUUCGAUAUAUUUCUCAGAAUCAUGUCUAGAAGUGUUUGAUACCAUGUCCCAUUCUCUGUUGUUUGUACGUGACUGUGUGCGUGCGUCUGUGUGUGUGUGUGUGUGUGUGUGUGUGUGUGUGUGUGUGUGUGUGUGUGUGUGUGUGUGUGUGUGUGUGUGUGUGUGUGUGUGUGUGUGUGUGUUUGGCGGUGGGAUCACAUCUCUCUGCCAAAUGUGUCUUGUUAUUGGCCGGCAGCCCUCCACUCUGUCCUCUGAGCAAAGAGCAAAGAAAAGAAUGACUAACACAGAGGAAGAGAGACAGGAUACUACUCAUAGCCUACUACUUCAGUGUCUCUGACAGCCCAAACGGUGACAGAUGAUGGAUCUCUUCUCAUCCGUUCUCCACAGAUAUAAACCCGGGAUGAUAUUUUUACUGAGUUCAUGUUGUUCCUCAGUUGUGUCGGUGUAUGAGAGGGCUCUCCCUACCCUGAUCUUUAUCUAUAUCCAUCUCCUUGAAUCCCUCACCCUCCUACCUAUUUCGAGGUCGUCUCUUGAUCAUCGCAGGAUAUGUAAACUCUUCGUUGUGCGAUUGGCAGCAAAGAGAAGAUCAAACGGUUUUACACACGCGCUUUUGAUUCUGGGACUUUUCCUCGCCCUUUUGUAAAGUUGUUAAUCGCAGUACAAUGUUCGUAGUAGUAAAACAUCGGACAAGAAGCCAUUGAGAUAAAUGUAUUAAUGGCCUUUAUUAUAGUAUUCUACAUGCUAACACUAAUCAGUAUCCGGGGUGGGAAUGAUUGUCAGUAUAGCCCUACCACCCGAACCACAGCCUUGCAUGUAUGCCUAGGUACCCCCUCAUCAUGCAAUCACCCCAACACAUACAACUAUGCAUAUAUAGUGUGUCACAACUUUGAUAUUUAUAAGAUUAAUUUGUUUUUCAAAAGAGCCGUUGACUGUUAAAACUAUUAAAUGAUUUACAAACA